UUAAUCAAUCUGUUAAUCUGUUAUUAGUAGUUACUACUAACAAUUAUAGAGUAUAUUAAUUAAUUUAAGCUAAAAAAAUGGGGCCCACAAAGCAGAGGAAGAGAACCCAUCCAUCCAACCAUUCAUAAAAUCUAUCUAGAAUUCCAACUUAACACCAAAUCUAUUGGUCUCUUGUCCUCAUCACCAAACCCCAUCUUCAUCGUCGUCAUCUUCAACCCCCAUCCCCAUAUCUUCCUUUGCCUCUCCUUCAAGCAUCAUCACCAAGUAAAAAGAGAAAAAGAACCCAUAAAUUUGAAGAAUUUUAGCUUCAUUCAAGAACUCGAUCGAGGAGGGCCAAGAAAGGUGUGAGACCUUGAUUUGGUCGCCAUGUCGAGCCCCAUGCAUGUUCGCAAGGCGAUCCACUUCGUCUCCAUGAAGGCCAAGCUCCAGAGCUUCGGCGGCCUCCGCCUCCUCCUCGUCGGCUGCCUCGCCGCGCUGCUGCUGCUGUUCGCCGUCAGGACGCUGUCGUUCACGACGUCGUCGGCGACGGCGACGGCGGCGAGGGAGGCGGCGGAGGCGGGCUGCGGGAAGCUCCCGGCGGCGGUGGCGCAGGCGAUGGUGCACUACGCGACGGCGAACGUGACGCCGCAGCAGACGGCGGCGGAGAUCGGGGUGUCGCUGCGGGUGCUGCAGCUGCGGGCGCCGUGCAACUUCCUGGUGUUCGGCCUGGGCCUCGACAGCGCCAUGUGGGCGGCGCUCAACCACGGCGGCCGCACCGUGUUCCUCGAGGAGGACGCGUCCUGGAUCGCCUCCGUCAAGGCGGGCCACCCGGGGCUCGAGUCCUACCACGUCGCCUACGACACCCGCGUCACCGACGCCGAUGAGCUCAUCGCCCUCCGCCACGAGCCGGCCUGCACGUCCCAGCCGGACCUCGCCGCCGCCGCCGCCGCGUCGUGCCGCCUCGCCCUCCGCGGGCUCCCGCCGGUGUUCCACGAGGUGGAGUGGGACCUCAUCAUGGUGGACGCGCCGACGGGGUGGACGCCGGAGUCGCCGGGGAGGAUGGGGGCGAUCUACACCGCGGGCAUGGCGGCGCGCGCCAGGACGCCCGGGGCGGGCGCCACCGAGGUGUUCGUCCACGACGUCGACCGCCACGUCGAGGACACCUUCUCCAAGGCGUUCCUCUGCGACGGCUACCUCGUCGAGCAGGUGGGGCGCAUCCGCCGCUUCGUCAUCCCCAGCCACCGCGACAAGGACGGCACGCCGUUCUGCCCUUGAUGAGAGAUGAGCUUCGCCUUCGCCUUCGCCGCGCACAUGGACACCGUGAUGACACCAUUGCCAUCGUCGUCUUCUUCAUCUUCUUCAUCUUCUUCUUCACAUAUGACACCACCAUUGCUGCCGUCAUCGUCUUCUUGAAUUCACAUGUCUUUUGUGAUGAUCAAGGAUAAGUAGGAUGAUGAGUGCACCUUUGGGAUCAUGCACCAAUGGAGGCGGUGGCGCGAUGCGUGUGAGCCGUCGGAUCGAGAACGGACGGUUCGGAUCGGACCGUGGAGAUAUUGUUAUUAUAUAUAGUUUCUUUUUUUUUUCAAAUGCAGCUUUUUCUUUGUUGUUUUUUUUAUGGACGGUGGGUGAGAUGGAUAUGCAGGCGAAUUAUAAUUCUUGGCUAUUUUUCAUAGAUUAUCGUUGUGUUUCUUUUUAAUUCAUAAUUGAGAUAUCAUCUUCAGUGGGUGACUGAUGAGUGGUGCCA